UCUGGAUUGUCCUCUUGCUGGCCUCCCGCUGGAUCGGGUGUAAUGUAGCAGCAGCUCCCGUUGGCUGGUGGGCGGAUACGUCAGCACCUCACUCCGCUUAUGCCUGCUCCCGUGGAUUGUGGCGGUCAGAAGAAAUAAGUGAUGUAUCACAGGUUAUCCACGAGACUGCUAGAACUUCUGAAACCACUUCCUCUCUGCACUGCGUUAAAAGGCGAGAAAAGCUUCUAUCCAAACCGCAUCAUUGGAAAACGUUAUACUGGAAUCCUUUAGUAUGUUUUAAUAUGUGCUAGCGCGUUUUUAUCCCUUCAUCUACACGGCAAUCAAUCGUCUGGAAACGUUUUUCUUUCUUUGCAACAUGACUUUUAAAUGUGUCUUUUUGACGCACCUGUUACUGCUUUGGGUUGGAUCCGAACCUGGCGCAUCUAAAGGUGUUUGGAGAAGCGCGCGCGACAGCACGACGGACGCGCUUGAUGCCACAGACGCGCUCUCGCAGCACAUGUUUAAACUGUAUGAGAAGUGCAACAUUGAACCUAACCGACUCAAAGAGGGAAAUACAGUACGAAGUUUUAAAGCAAAACCUGAGAAUGUGGAGCAGAGGGCCUCAUACUGGCUGAAUCUCACUUCCCUUCAGGGGUCCGAGGUGAUUCUCACAUCUACGUUUCACUACUUUUUUGACAAACGGCCACGCCAGAGGUCCUGGUUCUGCAAGCGCUUCAAGAACCCCUCUUGUCGCAUCCCGAACUUCCAACUGCUACCCUCUGUCCGUCUUCUUUUCCGGUCUCCCUCCUUCAGCUCAGACCCAGGAUCGCUGCUCGGAAACAUCACCGUAGUUCCUCACAGACGCGGGACCUGGCAGAGCAAGGAUGUGUCUGUCAUUAUAAAGGAGGCCCGAGAUAAGAAUCACCUUUUGAUCACUGUGGAGUUUGACUAUGGAGAGCAGUAUCAAAGGUAUUAUGACCAGCACUCACCUUCCAGUCUUCCAUACUUGCUGGUUUAUGCUAAUGACUUAGCCAUUUCAGAGCCGAACAGUGUGGCUGUGAGCCUACAGAGAUAUGACCCUUUCAUUGCAGACCAGCAGCCAACUCAAUCUCCAGACUCCUCACUUGACAUACGUGUGAAGCGGGAACUGGAAUCGGACUUCUCUGAUCCCAUUGAGAACAACGAGCUCCCGGAGGUGGAGUACAACAGCUUCAAACAGCACGAUUUGUGGGAAAGUGCUUACUUUGCGCUCAAGCCAAAGCCCUUCAAAAAAGAACGUCGGAGGAAAGGCCAGGAGCACGCUGAUGGAUUCGACAAGUCUCAGGUUCUCCGGUUUGAUGAGAAAACCAUGAAGAAGGCCCGGAGGAGACAGUGGAAAGAACCUCGCAGCUGUUCCAGGAGGUACCUGAAGGUGGACUUUGCAGACAUCGGGUGGAACGAAUGGAUCUUGUCUCCCAAGUCUUUCGAUGCCUUCUACUGCGCAGGAACGUGUGAAUUCCCCAUUCCAAAGGUGGUCCGCCCCUCCAACCAUGCAACCAUCCAGAGUAUAGUCAAGGCAGUUGGGAUAAUUCCAGGUAUCCCAGAGCCCUGCUGUGUCCCCGAGAAGAUGAAACCACUCAGUGUACUGUUUAUGGAUGAGAGCAAAAACAUCGUAUUGAAGAUCUACCCCAACAUGUCUGUGGAGACGUGCGCUUGUAGAUAGACGUGCUGCUCAGAGGGAAAAAAAGACAAAUGGGCGUUGUUGUGGUUUUGAAACCGAAUUUACCUUGAAGAGGCAUAUUGUCUUUAGUUUGCACUUCUUAGAAAGUGCAUACAUUUUUAAGGACUGCAUUUCAUAUUUUAUUAAUGCUUAUCUGUGUUAUUUUCAUUUCCUCUGUUUA